CAACCUUGGAUACUAUGGUUGGAUUAAUCGGGGGGUAAAAAUGUUGGAUUUUAUCUAAUGAGCACUCUAGUAGCGAGGACACGGCGAUAGUCGCAGAAUGGUUGGUCCACCACGGCAUCGACGAAGAAGAGGCAGUUGGUAUUGUUGAGAGCCAUGCCAAUAGUAGCGACAACAAUACCCAGUUGUCGUUCUCAUUACCAUUGUCGAAAGCUACUUCUGCUAACUCAGCCUCCUCCUAGUAUAGGCCUCUUCGCCUCCGCCGCAGCCAAGAGAACAAUGGUCACCACCGGCAGUAGCAGUAGCGGUGGUGGCGGUGGUGCUUUCACCACCAUCAAGGAGAGAGUUUCAUUCGAAAAGGAGAUCAAAAAGAGCAAAUUCAUCGCCAUUGCUGGCCCCAUCUCCGACGAACAAUCCGCCUUUUCCUUCCUCUCCCAGGUUCGAGAUCCGCGUGCGACUCACAAUUGUUGGGCUUACAAGGUCGGAGAUCAAUAUAGAUCAAAUGAUGAUGGUGAACCUUCUGGUACAGCUGGAAAGCCAAUACAUUCUGCCAUUGUUUCUUCUGGAAUUGACAGAGUUAUGGUGGUUGUCAUCAGGUAUUUUGGAGGUAUCAAAUUAGGCACAGGGGGGCUAGUCAGAGCUUAUGGAGGAGUUACCUCAGAAUGCUUGAGAAAUGCCCCAACUUGUUUAGUAAAAUCCAAGGUUCCAAUGGGGGUGGAGGUCCCAUUUGAUCUUUUAGGCGCUCUAUACCAUCAGCUACAGUCUUUUCAAGUUGAAGAUAUCAAGCAAGAUUACGAAACUGGGAAAGAUGGUAUUACCAUGGUUAGUUUUAAAGCUGAUUUUGACCGUGUUGAGAAAUUGGAGGAUGCCAUCAAGGCUAACUGCAGUAGAGAUUUGGUCUUCUACAAGCACUGAAACAGAGUUAGCUGUGUUAGUAUUUUCUGUCUAACAUUGAGAAUUGUGCUCUCAAAGAAUUCGAAAUCUUCAUACUGAAAUUCGUCAGAUUGAACCAUAUCUAUUACACAUUUAAAUAUGCUUCCUCACAUUAUACUUGUAUGUUUUGUGCAUAAAACACAGAUUCAGAUUUGUUAAUGAACUUUAAUCAUAUAUUCAAUGACCUUUUUAACAA